GACUGACCCCCGGGUAAGAGACAGACUGACCCCCGGGUAAGAGACAGACUGACCCCCGGGUAAGAGACAGACUGACCCCCGGGUAAGAGACAGACUGACCCCCGGGUAAGAGACAGACUGACCCCCGGGUAAGAGACAGACUGACCCCCGGGUAAGAGACAGACUGACCCCCGGGUAAGAGACAGACUGACCCCUGGGUAAGAGACUGCUGCCUGAGUCACAUGCUCCCGUUAGAAAGUUGGUGCCACACCCAGUAAUUAUUCCAUAUGAAAAGAGAGGGGAGGGGCAUUCAAAUAAUACUGACCCCGCCCCCUACAUACAGAAAUAUAAAGAGACUGAGCGGCUCCCAGACUCCCAGACUCACUCUUACUGGGCUCCUACUGUCGCUAUGGCAACUCUGAGCAUCGCACUGAUAGUAACCGCCCUCUGCGCCGGGUCAGCCUUAUCCCUCAAGUGCUACACGUGCACGUCCCAAUCCACCAACGCCAACUGCAAGACCGAGGGCAGCUGCAACAUCUAUGAGGUCUUCUGCCGGACCAACGUGGUCUCCUCCACCACCGGGAUCUCCAUCACCAAAUCCUGCGCCACCUCCUGUGCCCCAAGCAGCGUUGAGACCAACACAGUGGCCUGUUGCUCCACUGACCUGUGCAACCUGAGUGGCGCUACGGGGGUCUCAUACAGCUCCGCCCUCUUGGCUCUCUCUCUGGGAUUCGCAUUGGUCCUGGUUAAAAACUCCCUUCAGUGAACUCCGCCCAUCGGUGACUUGUGAUUCCCCGCCUACUUCGCCUUAAUAAACA